GUCCGGGAGACCCAGCGAGCGUGGGAAAAAAGCACCACCGAGCGGUGGCCAGCGCCCCGGCUUCAGCCGACUCAGACUUGGAAGUAGUCCUCAGGUGCCGUCCGGCUCCUGGUCGUCCUGGCUCUUCACUCGCACCACGUGCCCUUUUGGCCGCUCCCCCGGCGCCCUUUCCAACCGCCUGUUGGAAGCUGCCGUAAAAUGGCGUGAGGGGCGCCGCUGCUUUACGGCUGCCUCUCCCUGAAGUAGAGCCCCGGAGCGCCCACCGCCGUCAGCUGUGUCUCCAGGAGCGUCGGCCCGGUGCAGAGCGAGAGAUCCGGUGCGCCACUGCCCUUCUCGCCGUGGUGCCCGUCUCGGCCCCCGGCGAUGUGAGCUCGAGGAGGCUGCGGUGCCCCCUGGCCCGGGGGUUGAGACGGGCGGCAGGUGCCUGUGAGGCGGGCGGGUGCCGGGGGCCAGCAGGAUGGAGGAAAGCAUGGAGGAGGAGGAGGUACUCAUCUACGAAACGAUGAUGGACGACCAGAACCACAACAACUGGGAGGCCGCCGUGGACGGCUUCCGGCAGCCCCCGCCGCCCCCCUCGUCGAUGCCAGUCCCUGCUCGAGAGCCUCCGGGGGGACAGCUGCUGGCCGUGCCCGCCGUCUCCGUGGACAGGAAAGGCCCCAAGGAGGGGCUCCCGCUGGGGCCGGAGGCCAAUGGGGUGAUCAUGAUGCUGAAAAGCUGCGACGCGGCCGCCGUGGCCAAGGCGGCCCCCGCCCCCACGCCCGGCUCCACUAUCAACAUCAACACCUCCACCUCCAAGUUCUUAAUGAAUGUUAUAACUAUUGAAGAUUAUAAGAGCACAUACUGGCCAAAAUUGGAUGGUGCCAUAGAUCAACUUUUAACCCAGAGUCCUGGUGACUAUAUCCCCAUAUCCUAUGAACAGAUAUACAGUUGUGUGUAUAAGUGUGUAUGCCAGCAACACUCGGAACAGAUGUAUAGUGAUCUGAUUAAAAAGAUAACUAACCACUUAGAGAGAGUUUCAAAGGAGCUGCAGGCCAGCCCUCCAGAUCUCUAUAUUGAAAGAUUUAAUAUAGCUCUUGGACAAUAUAUGGGAGCAUUGCAGAGUAUUGUGCCUCUUUUCAUAUAUAUGAAUAAGUUUUACAUCGAAACCAAGCUUAAUAGAGACUUAAAAGAUGACCUUAUAAAGCUGUUUACGGAACAUGUUGCAGAAAAGCACAUUUACAGCCUGAUGCCUUUACUUUUAGAAGCCCAGUCAACACCAUUUCAGGUCACACCUUCAACUAUGGCAAAUAUUGUGAAAGGCCUGUAUACGCUCAGACCAGAGUGGGUUCAGAUGGCUCCAACUCUAUUUUCUAAAUUUAUUCCAAACAUUCUCCCUCCGGCAGUGGAAUCCGAACUUUCUGAAUAUGCUGCUCAAGAUCAGAAACUUCAAAGAGAGCUUAUACAGAAUGGUUUCACAAGAGGUGACCAGUCCCGGAAGAGAGCUGGGGAUGAGUUGGCUUACAACAGCUCAUCUGCAUGUGCAAGUUCCAGGGGGUACAGAUAGUGAAUGUGUUGAAUGUACUUUCCUCCCGAGGAGAGAACACACUGGAGCUGCAGAGACUGUGUUCUGAGCACAGCGGGGCCUGCGACACUCAGGAGCUCUGUCACAAGGCUGUUCUUGGGAGAGAAUGCCGGACUUCUUACUUUGGUUUGUAAUUUAAAAAAAAAAAAACAAAAACUAACAAGAAACAAAAACAUGAAAACAGUUGCUGCUAGACUUGGGGGGUGAUUUUGAAACGGGACAAUCUUUUAGUGAGUUUAUCUACAGAUUCUAUGAGGAACAAGCUUCUGGGAAAUUGACCAUUGCUGAGUGAAAUCUGACAGCCAAAAUCAGCAGCUUCCUCCAAAAAUAUAAGGGCAGAAGAACCUUUUUUUUUUUUUUUUUUUUUUUUUUUUUAAAGCACUUGUUUUGUUCCUUUGUGGACUUUGGACCUAACAGCAUAUUGGUUUUACAUGUCAAGAUAUCUUUUGCUUUACACCCAAGCAGAUGGUUACAAUACAGUAUUUUUCACCCCUAAUUCAAAUAGCCCCUUUAAAAAUAAGAGUCAGUCUUUGUUUAGUAUUAGGAAGUCUUGUUCAAGGAGAAUGCUAAUAACUACUUUCAUUAGAAUCUUUCCUUCAUCAGUUCACAACUUUUUUCUACUCUGUGCCUUGAGCUUUGUGCACUUUGCAACUGUGUGACAGUGUUGUCAAACUCACAGAUACUUCCUGGAGAAGGUGAUGGUAUUCCAAACCAACCCGCUGAGAUGGGGGGUGACUUACAGCAGGAUGCUGAUUGCGUGGGAGAGUGGAAGCGUGUUGCACAUUGGUCAGAUGGCCCCUGCUGCACCAGGCGAGUUCAUGUUCUUGUGGGGACCAACUCUUGUAGAGCCUUUCCAUUCCUGCUAUCACCUCACCUGAUUCACCAGCCGUUCUAGUGUGGGCAGAGCCCUAGUUCAGGGGUGGGCAGCCCUGUAGCACUGAUGCCCUGCCCCCUUUUAAUACUGUGGAGAAUGUCCAACAGCAAAAAAUGCUUCCUGCGACCUUCUGGGAAGUGAUACAGUUAUUAAAACCAAAUAUAAUCCAUGGUGUGGGGUUCCUGAUCCAUUUCAUUUUAAUGGGUGAUAAGUACUUAAAAAUGGUAGAGUUUGUGCUCUGCAUCCUUUAAAUAUUAUAUUUGACAUUUGAGCACAGUAGGGAAGAAAUUCUGCUCUUUCAAGGUUCCCUUCCAGCUGUAGCAAAGCCAUAUCUUCUGUUUCACCAUACCUACAGUGCCGAUUAGUUCUGCAUAAAAGUCUCUGAAGCUAAUUCUGGUUGGUUUUGAAAGUCAAAGAAAAAUAGUGUGGCAAGGGGAGAAUAUUUUUCCAUUCUUUUUUUUUUUCUUAAAUGUUGAUUGAACAUAUACUUCCCUUUCUUGGGCCUUGUCAGACUAGUAAUACUGAUGCUGAUCUCUUCAGAGAACUUGGCAAGGAAAGAAGACACACCUGAUCUGCAAGUUUUCAGUAGAGCUGCCUCUGCCAGUUCAGUGUGUCUUUUUUUGGGAGUGUGAUGGGUGGAAAAGCUAGAAGGUGGGAUAUUGGGAGCAAGUUACGUCUUCUGACAGAAGUCCUUGAUUUGUAAAAUUAUUCUGCAGAGGAGUAAAAUUAAGUGAAGUUUUUCAGAUAUAUUUUUAAGUACUUAUCAUCCAGAAUUGGUGGAUUUUGUGGAGUGCUUUAACUGGAUUCAUUUCACUCUGAGCAUCUUGGAUUGUAUUGAUGAAUACUGAAUUACUGUAAGAACAUAUACAGGCUCUCACCACGACCUGUAUAGCUUGAUUUGCUACACCAGUAAUAUUCUAGUGUCAAGGAAGAAUUCCAUUUUAUCAUGAAGCCCAAAUUUUACUUUUCUCAUUGGAGUGCUUUCUGUAGGCUUAUAAAAUACACCUGAAAUUGAAGUCUCUCCUGAGUGGCUUUAAUGAUACUUCUGAAAGGAAUAAAAUUGGAGCAUUUCUUUAAACAUGGGUGAAUUCUUCAGUAUCCUGAUAAUAUUAAUCAAGUGCUUUUUUUCUGAGAGAGAGCAUUCAUUUUUGGCCAAGAACAGAACUUUCCCUUUGAAAGCACUGUAUUAUGAUGUGAAUUGGCAUUAAAAUCUUUGGAUGUUUUGCAUUAUAAGUUAAUGGAGAAAUACUUUCUUUUUAUUGUUGUGUAUUUGUUAAAAAGUAGGUGAAAGAAAGUCUGCAGAAUUUAGUUUUUCUAAAUUUUGCACAAUGACUCUAGCCAGCUGUGGGUUAAGGUUUGGUACCACAAAGCCAUUAUUAAAAGGCAUACAGAAAGGGUGUGCACAUUUUCCCAGGCAUGUGUCCUGGUGGUGAAUGCAUCUUAGCCCCUUGAAGUAUGUUGCAGCAUGAAAAUCCAUUUUUUAAUUUUAAGUUGAAAGUGACCUUGCUUAUUAAUUGAAAUUCUUGACAGGUUUUUUAGUUUGCAACAUGAGAGGAAAAACUUGUCCCCCUACCAUUUUGUAUUGAGAGUAUGGUUUGCCAGGAAGUAUUGUCCUCUCAUGUAUUCUUGUAUUCUUCUUGUUAGCAAUAGUAUAGUUUUUCCACCCCAGCUAAAUACUGGCUUUUUGUAGCAAAUCAUUGAAAACCCAAAUCAUUGAAGAUAGAAUAUUGUAUAAACUGGUUGAUUGUCUGGGUUAGACAACACAUACAGUUGAUUUGGCUAAACUGACUAGUAUGUAUGUGCAGCCUAAAACUAGAUCCUUAACACGAAAGCUGGGUCAGUCAUAUUGAAUUAAUGACAUGUAAAAGUAAGUGAAUGAUAAUUGUUUGGAGAGAUGGUACAUAUUUUAAAGGUUAGCCUUAAGCCUCAGUAACAGUGUCCUAUCUCUUGACUUCUGUUGUCACUGCUGCACCAUAACCCGGCAGGAAUUACUGCUUCGUUUUCUUUGGGAUAGAAAGCAAAACCUGGUGUCGUGACUCUUAUCCCAAUAGUUCCUAGGAAGAAUCAGUGAAAAGAAGCACCAGCCUGUUGUAUGACUGCUGCUUUAUAACUUUCAUGACAAAGUCACAUUUUUUUCCUGUCCUUGUUACAAAAUUGUAGCAGUUUCCCUUCCUUUAGUGAGGAUGGAAGCUAAUUUGUGGGUGGGUGGGAUUGCAAAGGGAUGAAUGCCCACGGCCAGGAAUGCUGCACACGUCUCCAGUGCUCAGACCUGUCAAGCAGCCACUCCCCUGCUGCAUGCCACGCAUCUGUCAGGUUGCAAAUUUGCACACAUAAAUAAUUCCUCAGGAAGAGUUUGCAUGUGUAUCACCUUGCAAUAUUCUGUACUGACCAAACAAGGAAUUUGAAGGUUUUCAGCACAAAAGGGUAACUUCAGCAUGGUCUGUACACCUACUGGCAAAGGUAAUGGUGAUCUGGCAAACCCAAUUGGUUUCUGCAGUUAUAAAGUGAGCAGGAGCUUUUGUACCAUAGUAUUUAAAUAUUCCUCUCGAAUCUCCCUGUAUACAGUAAAUAACCCUUCCAAAUUUUGUCUUCUUAUUGAGGCAGCCUGUGUUUUUUUCUUUUUCCCCCCUUUCUUAUAGCAGUUAAUUAUUUCUGUGAUUAUUAAGUAAGAGGCAUUGCCCUUGAGUUAAAAUUCACUUGUUUAAUAAGCAGCUAUUAUUAAACUAACUGAGCGUUGUUUUAUGGAUAUACACUAAUCUGAGAUACUGAAAAAUUUACAAUUAAAAAGAAAAAGAAAAAAGCCUGCAUUAGCUAUCCAGCCAUUGUUUGGAUGUUUUGAGUUGAUUUUUUUUGUGUGUCAUUGAACUUUUAGCUUGGGAUAUUAUGUUUACUUUAAUCCAAGUCUAGACCUCUUAAGGGAACUUUGAAAUUCAAAGUCAGAAAGAAUCCUUUGACACCUGUAAGAGGUUUAGAAGACCUUUUUGGGUGUGGUUACUGUUUUCAAUAAGUUUGUGUGAGAUGAAGUUCAUUUUUUUCAGAAGUUAGAAUGAUGGAGGUCAUAGGAGUUGGUGGAGAAAUACUUUCCCAAUACUUUUCAUUACCCUGUUGAAAUUUGCCUGAGCUUCUGGCAACCAGAAUAUAUGAAAGGAGCUCCAUUCUUCCCAAGGGAAAUGAUUCCUCUUCUGUCCCCAGUAUUGAGUAACUAGUCCCUGGCACCUCCACUCUCCAAAACCCUAGUUUGAACCUCUCUCCAGAGCAGAGUGGCACAGUGCAGGUGCUGCUUCUGCUUACGCUGGUGGGACGGCUGGGGGAGAAUUCAAGAAAAUGCUAAUCAUAGAUCCAUUCUUACAGGACCCCGGUAUAUAUUGCACCUCUGCUAGUUGGAAAUUGUCUUCCUUUCAGGUUGGACUACAUUGUUUAGAAAAAUGUUAAUGGAUUACAAAUUUGGAAAAUUUAUAGGAUGACCCUGGGGCUGAGAAUUCUGUGGUUUGGAAAAAAUAAAUAUUUUGUAUUGAUUCUCA